UUUUAUUGUGAAGGCGGAAGUCGGAAGUGUUCGUUUGUUUUCGUCAGCUCAAAAGCCCUCGCGGGAACUCGCUCUGCAGGUUGCUCGGGUGAAUCCCUCCUCCCGAAGGCUCAAAAGUAGGAGUCCGCUCCUCGUGCCCGCAUUCUCCUGCUCGCAGUACCCGGAGCAGCGCCCCGGUGUUCGGGCGCCAUGAGCAAGUCCACCACCCUGAAAGUGAAGCGCCUGUUUAAAAUAAAGUCCCCUGGGAAAGAGAGCAAGGAGCGCAAGCGCUCGGACUCCUGCCCAGAUGAAGCAGCGACCAGCCCCCGGGACAGGUCGGGCACUCUGCCGGCGAGCCCCGGUCCCCUCAGCCCGGGACACGACGCCACGCUGGACGGGGACGUGUUACCCGCUGCCCCGAAAGAGAAGAAGAAAAGGCGGCUGCUGUCGUUCAGUCUGAAACGGAAGAAAUCCAAGAACAAAGAAGGAGGAGGAGGAGGAGGAGGAGGAGAGGUGUUCUUCCCUGAUGAACUGGACAGCUUCAACAGCCACUUGAGCUUCGACCAGAUCAGUGUGUCCACAGAGUGCAGUUUCCGGACAGAAUCGGACUGGGACCCUCUUUCGGACGCCUCCUCCAUGAUGAGCUUCGACAUGGCUCAGCCACAGGGCUCUACUUCACCCUCCAAAUACUUCACGAGCUCGGAGGAUAAGAAGGGGGUGCUGGAUCGCCUCAGCCACUUCUUCAACUCCCGGAGAAAGAAGAGCCGGCAGCAUUCAGAGGCUUCCUCCGACACAAGCGCCCCAACGUCCCCCGUGUCUCCACAAUCACCUCCGUCUCUGCAGGAGGACGACGCGCUGAAGACGCCGACUCCUUCCCGAAAAGGCAGCGGCCCAACGGGGCUUCGUUAUGAGGACUUCCGAGCGGGAAUGGAGGGCGGCGACGCCCUCAGCCAAUGCUCGAGCUCGGCCUCUCAGCUGACAGACGGAGCCGAGCUCCCGUUCGCAGACAGCGACAGCAGCGGCCGGAGCAGCGUGAGGGAGGUGCACGUGUGCCGGGUCAGCACAGCUGGCGAUGAAAGGAAUUCUGGGAAUGUGACCCCCACGGCUCUGGACCUUGCUUCCACCACUCAACUGAGAGCUGAUCCGGGCUCAGAACUGGGCUUCGCAGACUCGGUGGUGGAGGAAGUGAGCAAGAGGCUGCAAGACGGGCUCGAUGAAAACAUUCCUAAGAGCACAGAGGGGUCCGGUGAGGACAAGACAGUCACUCAGACCACACUGUCGACGAUUAACAUCUCCCUCUCCAAGGCGGCCGAGGCCCCAAAGUCCCCGAACUUAAGCUCCAUCAUCUUAGCAUCAAAGAAGGCUUCCGUGAAAGUUGGAGAGAAGGGGCACAGCACCGCGCUGAGAGGGAUAACUUUAGGCUCUCAGUCCUCCACCUCACACCUCAUCGACUCCCCAAAGGAAGGCGGGGGCUCCAGGAACGUAGAUAGGGAAAACAAGAGGAGGGGUCAGGUGUUCUCUUGGGACGACUCAGCCCCGCCAUGGAGCCCUUCACCUGAGAGCGAGUCAGCGCCCCGAGGUGAUCUCCACAAAGCGAUAUGGGUGGAAACCUACUUGGGAGGAGAGGAGGAGGGCUCCAGAGCGGACUCGCCUCCCGUGCUGGCGAUACCUGUCACGGUGAUUCCUGAGGACGACUCGCUCCCUCGGAGCCCCGCCCCCUCAGAGUCCAGAGGCAGCCUGCCACAGUCUGCCAGCUCCUUGGCACCGACUGCAGGGGAGUUCCAGGCGACCGUACCACAGCCGGGAGAGCCUGACGCUGGCACAGGCUCCAAGCAAAAUUCACUUAAGGACAAACGCAGAACCAGAGACAUUUGCGUCACGCGCAAGACGGUUCACCUGCCCUCGAAAAGCAAGGUUUUUGCCCACAUGGUGUUGGUGACUCCGGAGCCAGGUUUGGACGGGAGCGAGCCAGCGGAAGAGGAGCUCAGCAGAGAUUCAACUACAAAGACUUCUGGGACAACAGGAGGGGAACCACUGCCAAGCCUCCAAAACAACAAUGUGGAACUCAAGGAAGCCAGCCUUGAGCGAAGUACAGACGGGACUACACACUCUGACACAAAUACCCCUGAACCCAUAGUUAAGGAAAAAACAGACUCCAAGGCCUCUGACUUUGAUGAUACCUCUGCAGCUUCAGACAUGAACAGAGCAAAGUCUCAAGCAGUGGGCUCUGGGUUGAGAGGCCAAGGGACCAGCCAGACUACAGCCUCCAAACGAGGGCUUAAAGCAGCAGAAAGUGGGCAUACCACAGCAAGUGGAGCAAAGACCCCAUCCUCAGCAGCUGGCAGCCAGACCAAAAAUGGAACAACAAAGGCGAAGGCCUCCACAGGGAGCACGAGGGUGGGAACUUCCAAUGAUAUGCCACCACAGAGGGAACCUAGCAGUGAUAAAACAGUUUCUAUGUUACCAACAUUAAAGGACCAGAGCAGCAGUUCCUUAAGUUCAAAGUCUAAAAUCCCCAAAAGGGCAGCAUCAGAUUCUGAUGUGAAAUCACCAGUGACACCAGAUAAACCAUCAGUGACUGACGCCUCUGGGUCCAAACUGCAGAAACAACCCAGAAGCAAAGAAGCUUUGAAAACUCCGCUCACUGCCACCAAAGCUGUCAGGAAACAAAGUGUUGAAGAGAAAGCUCCGUCGGGAGACACUUCUCACAAGUUCGGAACAAAGCUUAUUAAGGAAAAACCAGACGAGGACAGUGACUUUAUAAACCUGGUGAAUGGCGUGGAGAGGAGUGUUACAACAGGACAGCCAUCUGACAGGGAGGGCCUUGGUGUCAAACAACAAGGGCAAAACCGUCUGGAGAAUAAUGCCUCCUUGGCAUCGAAGAGUCGGUUGCCCGUUUCAUCGCCGACGAAAAAAAGGAACGACGAGAUAACUCAAACAAGUGGCACCAACGAUAAAAAAACGACUUCUGCUCCGGCGGAUUCAGACCGAACCAACACAGUCCAGAAGCAGAGUCCAGAGCAGCGAGAAGUGACACCUGGCCAGAGAACCGGUCGUGAGACACCACCCCCACUCCCUGAAAGCCCCAAGAAAGCAACCAGACCAUCCAAACCCCUCUCUAAAAGCAGUAUUAGCCAUGAAGAGAGUGACACACCCACCUUGUGUGUCUCUCCACCUCCCACCAAGGAAGAUAGAAAUGUCUCAUCGGGGAUCUCCAAAAAGAGCGACAACAGUAAGCACCAUAAAGGUCCGGUAAAGGAUUCCGCAGAUCCCUCAUCAUCUGGUAGCAAGCUUCCUACAAGAAGUCAGAGGAGCUCCAACAAAGAAAAAUCCAGAAAACCUUCAUCAACUGAGAAUUCUGCAAGCACAUCCACAUCUAAACGGGAAGACUCUAAUCAGGACACAGCGGAGACAGCGGAGACAGCUGUCACAGCGUCUGAGCGUGUCGUAGCAGAUCAAGUGAAGGACAAGACCAGUGGUGACAUACUGAAAGUCAAGCCUCUGUCUACAAAGGAACAAGAGCGAGUAACACAACUCACAGAGAAUCAGUCCAGUCCCAGUGGAAACAAGCUCAAAAGAAAUGAGACAAAAGAAUUACAGGAGAGCAGAACCAGUCCUGCAACUGAGGAGAUUUCAAAAGUCCAUCAAACACAAAACAACAAUGCCAUUAUUUUAGAAAACACUCAAGGAAAUGUUUCUCCAGUUACAGGCCCCUGUGAGGUUGCCAAGGCAAGUCCAUCUCAGUUGUCGGUUACUGAUGUAAUUGAUGCUAAGAUUGAUUGCCAACUUGAGACCAAACAACCAACAAAGGUUGAGUCUCGGAUUCAAAGUGACAACACCACACAGGAACAAGAAACAUUGAUUUCACCAAAGAUUUGUCCAGAAGAAGUAAAAGAGAAAGACAUUUUAGAGACAACAAAGUUGAUAAGUCACAGUAAACCAGAUUCAAUCCAGGAGAGAGGCCUUCCAGAGCUCAAUCUCAUCUCCGCUCAUGAGGAUGUAACUGAUAUGUCAGCCAAACCGGUUGAAAGCAGUCACUGUGACAUAAUCACCCUCUCUGAUCAGGAAGGUAGUGUUUCCCUUCAAGAAACAAAUGAGGUCACUUCUGAGGAAUCUAAUUGCAAAACUGGUCUUCCUGCUAAAUUGGCAUCAAACGACCAAGAUGCUGAGCCAACAGAAGGCAUUUCAGCCAAUUGUAUGGCUGUUUCAGUUGACGCUAACAUGGCCAAUAUAGAGCAGCAAAAAGAGUUAUUGAAGGAUCCAACAACAAAUAUCAUUCUUAAAAAUGAUAGAUUGCCCACAUUAAGCAGAGAUUUAGUAAAAGAUUUUGAGGUAGAGGAGAAAAGUAAAGAGGAGACUGGCAGGAAACAAGCAGAGGAUUUGGACAUUCAAACACAGACUGUGACUGUUUGUGAAUUGCCCAAGAAUGUUGAAAAUCAGCUCGACAAAGAGCCUCUUUUACUGGAAGGAGAAUUUGAAAGACAGACGAAAGACUCAAAAUCAAAUAAAAAGCUGAACGACACAGCGGUGGAAAGCAGUGACUCACAAGACUGUUGCAAAAAGGAGCUAAAGGACAUAACUAUCAAGGAUGAAGCAGAGAAAGAAAUUCCAAAAACACAGAAGCCAACAGAGCUAUCAUCAGGGGAGACACGUUUACAGCCUGACUCAGAGGAGGGACCACAGAUGGUAGGGACGGAUGCCCUGGAAGAGAAGAAGACAAAGGCAGAGCAAGCAAGAAGUGCACUGCAUGAAAAUACGACCAGUGUGGUUGAUACAAAGCAGGAAUGUGAGAUCAUCGUAAAAGAAAAUGCAAAGAGUAAUAAGGAAACAGAUCAGCUGCUGAAGACACAAACUGUGACAAAUGAACUGGAAUCCAAAGUACUUCUUGCCAAAGAUGAGAAGGUUAGGGAUAAGGAAGCAUAUCAGGGGGACACACAUGCUGAUGUUGAAAAGAAAAGUCCAACACUAGAACUAAUAGCCAUAAGCACUAAAACUAAAACUACUAAAGAAGAGAGUAAAACAAAGGACUUAUUGAUGAAGAAUUUACCAAAUGAGACUGCUGACUCUGAGGUUAGGAGACACAAGGAACAGAAAACCUUGAUUGCAAGAGACCGAGAUGAGAACAUUAAAAAUAGGAAAGCAGAGGGGAAUGCUCAUCGAUCAGCAGAAUCCAAAUGUCCAAAUGCUGACAUAGAACAGAGACUUGUGACAGAAAAAGCUCCAGAGAAGACUACAGAAAGACACAUUUUACAGAUGGAUACAACUCAAGAUCUAAAAUCAGUAAGCAGUGAAACCCAGAGUGCUGAAUGUGCUCAAGAAGAGACUGAAACAAAGGAUGUAUCAGUAAAUAGUUUAGUGAAUGAGACUGCGGUUAUUAGUGCUAACAGCAAAGUUAGCAUCCAACAAGACCAGAAAUCCAAAAGUUUGGUAAAUGAGACAGCAAUGAUAGCUCCAAUGGAGAUAUCAGAAAGCCAAAUUCAAGGACCAAAGGUUAUGAGCACAACAACCCAGAGUGCAAAGGUAGCUGAGAAGACUGAAAUCAAGGAUUCAUCAGUGAAGAGUUUGGUUAAUGAGACAGCAAUGACAACAGAAGCUCCAAAGAAGGUAUCAGAAAGCCAAAUUCAAGGACCAAAGGUUAUAAGCACAACAACCCAGAGUGCAAAGGUAGCUGAGAAGACUGAAAUCAAGGAUUCAUCAGUGAAGAGUUUGGUUAAUGAGACAGCAAUGACAACAGAAGCUCCAAAGAAGGUAUCAGAAAGCCAAAUUCAAGGACCAAAGGUUAUAAGCACAACAACCCAGAGUGCAAAGGGAGCUGAGAAGACUGAAAUAAAGGAUUCAUCAGUGAAGAGUUUGGUUAAUGAGACAGCAAUGACAUCAGCAACUCCAAAGAAGAUAUCAGAAAGCCAAAUUCAAGGACCAAAGGUUAUGAGCACAACAACCCAGAGUGCAAAGGGAGCUGAGACUGAAAUAAACCAUUCAUCAGUGAAGAGUUUGGUUAAUGAGACAGCAAUGACAUCAGAAACUCCAAAGAAGGUAUCAGAAAGCCAAAUUCAAGGACCAAAGGUUAUAAGCACAACCACCCAGAAUGCAAAGGGAGCUGAGAAGACUGAAAUAAAGGAUUCAUCAGUGAAGAGUUUGGUUAAUGAGACAGCAACGACAUCAGAAACUCCAAAGAAGAUAUCAGAAAGCCAAAUUCAAGGACCAACGGUUAUAAGCACAACCACCCAGAGUGAAAAGGGCGGUAAAGAGAAGACUGAAAUAACGGAUUCAUCAGUGAAGAGUUUGGUUAAUGAGACAGCAAUGUUAUCAGAAACUCCAAAGAAGGUAUCAGAAAGCGAAAUUCAAGAACCAAAGGUUAUAAGCACAACAACCCAGAAUGCAAAGGGAGCUGAGAAGACUGAAAUAAAGGAUUCAUCAGUGAAGAGUUUGGUUAAUGAGACAGCAAUGACAUCAGAAACUCCAAAGAAGAUAUCAGAAAGCCAAAUUCAAGGACCAAAGGUUAUAAGCACAACCACCCAGAGUGAAAAGGGAGCUGAGAAGACUGAAAUAAAGGAUUCAUCUGUUAAGCUUUUGGUAAAUGAGACAGUAAUAACAUCAGAAACUCCAAAGAAGGUAUCAGAAAGCCAAAUUCAAGGACCAACGGUUAUAAGCACAACAACCCAGAAUGCAAAGGGAGCUGAGAAGACUGAAAUAAAGGAUUCAUCAGUGAAGAGUUUGGUUAAUGAGACAGCAAUGACAUCAGAAACUCCAAAGAAGAUAUCAGAAAGCCAAAUUCAAGGACCAAAGGUUAUAAGCACAACCACCCAGAGUGAAAAGGGAGCUGAGAAGACUGAAAUAAAGGAUUCAUCUGUUAAGCUUUUGGUAAAUGAGACAGUAAUAACAUCAGAAGCUCCAAAGAAGACAUCAGAAAGCCAAAUUCAAGGACCAAAGGUUAUGAGCACAACAACCCAGAAUGCAAAGGGAGCUGAGAAGACUGAAAUAAAGGAUUCAUCAGUGAAGAGUUUGGUUAAUGAGACAGCAAUGACAUCAGAAACUCCAAAGAAGGUAUCAGAAAGCCAAAUUCAAGGACCAACGGUUAUAAGCACAACCACCCAGAGUGAAAAGGGCGGUAAAGAGAAGACUGAAAUAACGGAUUCAGCAGUGAAGAGUUUGGUUAAUGAGACAGCAAUGACAUCAGAAACUCCAAAGAAGGUAUCAGAAAGCGAAAUUCAAGAACCAAAGGUUAUAAGCACAACAACCCAGAAUGCAAAGGGAGCUGAGAAGACUGAAAUAAAGGAUUCAUCAGUGAAGAGUUUGGUUAAUGAGACAGCAAUGACAUCAGAAACUCCAAAGAAGAUAUCAGAAAGCCAAAUUCAAGGACCAAAGGUUAUGAGCACAACAACCCAGAGUGCAAAGGGAGCUGAGACUGAAAUAAAGGAUUCAUCAGUGAAGAGUUUGGUUAAUGAGGCAGCAAUGACAUCAGAAACUCCAAAGAAGGUAUCAGAAAGCCAAAUUCAAGGACCAAAGGUUAUAAGCACAACCACCCAGAGUGAAAAGGGAGGUAAAGAGAAGACUGAAAUAACGGAUUCAUCAGUGAAGAGUUUGGUUAAUGAGACAGCAAUGUCAUCAGAAACUCCAAAGAAGAUAUCAGAAAGCGCAAUUCAAGAACCAAAGGUUAUAAGCACAACAACCCAGAAUGCAAAGGGAGCUGAGAAGACUGAAAUAACGGAUUCAGCAGUGAAGAGUUUGGUUAAUGAGACAGCAAUGACAUCAGAAACUCCAAAGAAGGUAUCAGAAAGCGAAAUUCAAGAACCAAAGGUUAUAAGCACAACAACCCAGAAUGCAAAGGGAGCUGAGAAGACUGAAAUAAAGGAUUCAUCAGUGAAGAGUUUGGUUAAUGAGACAGCAAUGACAUCAGAAACUCCAAAGAAGAUAUCAGAAAGCCAAAUUCAAGGACCAAAGGUUAUGAGCACAACAACCCAGAGUGCAAAGGGAGCUGAGACUGAAAUAAAGGAUUCAUCAGUGAAGAGUUUGGUUAAUGAGGCAGCAAUGACAUCAGAAACUCCAAAGAAGGUAUCAGAAAGCCAAAUUCAAGGACCAAAGGUUAUAAGCACAACCACCCAGAGUGAAAAGGGAGGUAAAGAGAAGACUGAAAUAAAGGAUUCAUCAGUGAAGAGUUUGGUUAAUGAGGCAGCAAUGACAUCAGAAACUCCAAAGAAGAUAUCAGAAAGCCAAAUUCAAGGACCAAAGGUUAUAAGCACAACCACCCAGAGUGAAAAGGGAGGUAAAGAGAAGACUGAAAUAACGGAUUCAUCAGUGAAGAGUUUGGUUAAUGAGACAGCAAUGUCAUCAGAAACUCCAAAGAAGAUAUCAGAAAGCGCAAUUCAAGAACCAAAGGUUAUAAGCACAACAACCCAGAAUGCAAAGGGAGCUGAGAAGACUGAAAUAAAGGAUUCAUCAGUGAAGAGUUUGGUUAAUGAGACAGCAAUGACAUCAGAAACUCCAAAGAAGAUAUCAGAAAGCGAAAUUCAAGGACCAAAGGUUAUAAGCACAACAACCAAGGGUGCAAAGGGAGGUAAAGAGAAGACUGAAAUAAAGGAUUCAUCAGUUAAUGAGACAGCAAUGAGAACAGAAGCUCCAAAGAAGAUAUCAGAAAGCGAAAUUCAAGAACUGCCAAGAAGCACCAAAACUCAACGUGCAAAGGAAGCUAAAGUACGGUCUGAAAUAAAGGAUUCAUUAGUUAAGAGUGUGGUGAAUAAGACCACAAUGAAAACAGAAGCUCCAAAGAAGAUAUCAGAAAGCCAAAUUCAAGAAUUACAAGUUAUAGCCACCCAAAUUCAGUGUGAUGAUGGAGCUAAAGUGAAGACUGAAACAAAGGAUUCCCCAAUAAAGAGUCAGGUGAAUGAGAUUGUAAUUGAGAAUGCUAACUCUAAAGUUAGCACCCAAAAGGACCAGAAACUCUCAAUCAGAGACGAACAUUUGAAAACAGAGGAAAACACUGAUCAAUCCAAAGAUUUCAAAGCCCCAGAUGCCAAGCCUGUUGUGCUCAAAACUGAAAAAUCCGCCAGGAAGGCUGACAAGAAUCAGAAGAAAACAAAAGAAAUUAUAGAGGGCGUUGAAGUCGAAAAUAUAUUGACAAAGCAGGAGGAUCAGCAGAUGAUGGAAUCAAAGAUAGAUGCCAAGCAAGAAUCAGAAUUUAUUUUUGUAAAAGAUGCAUCUAUCAACAAAAGUGGUGGAGAACAAAAAAAGUCCAUUGUUGUUCCGGAUAUAGCACUUAACAGCACUGAUGCCCAGAAGAAUGCUGAUGACACCAAAGAAAAAGCCAAAACGGACAGCGGUUUGAAACUUGCGUCUUCAAGAGAUGAGAAAACCAUAAACUUCAGUGAACCCCAAAAGCCUGCAAAACCAACUUUCAAUGGCAGUUUGUCUCUUUCUGCAACAGCUGAAACAUCUGCAACAUCUAAAAGUCUUCAGCCAAAAAAGGAAUCUCCAUCUAGCCGGUUCGAUGUGGAGCAUCAAAAACGGAAGAAGCAACAUAAAAGAAACAAACUAAAGGCUUUAGCCAGUGAGGGUAGAUCUCUUGAGCCCGAUGACUUGAAUGAUUUUAUCAGGAUUAUUAAGGAAGGCAGCAUUCCCUUCUCACUACCUACAAAGAGACAUAUUCGUAAAAAGUCCCCAUCUCCACCCUUUGCCAUGCAGGCCAUAAAGGAGGACCAUUUUGAGAGAACAUUUGAUCCAGAAGGAUUCCAGUUUGGCUUAGGAAAUACUGACAAAUGUUUUAGGGAUCUUUCCCCAGCUAUGGUGAUCAAACAAAGAGCAUCUAACAAGAAAGGACGGACCCUGGAAAAACAUCCACAAGAUAAUGCUAUGGACCAAAUGAAAUCACUUGGUGAGCUUGAAGGAAAAAGUGGAGUGGAUGAUGAGACAAAUACUGAUGCAGGAAAAGAAGAGGGACAAAACAAUGGAGGAGAGCCUGGGAAACUGACGUCACGACUUGGAAGGAUGUCCAUCCUCUCCGGCUUACUGAAUUCCCCUCGGUCCUCCAGGAAGUCCAAAGAGGAAGCUGCCUCCACCUCAACAAGCACACUUUCUAACCAACAACAGAGCUCGCUUAGAGAUCAGAGAGUUGUUGAUUCACCUCUGCCUGCAGUUGAAGCGGAUAAGAAGGGUCUGAAGGGUGUGGACCAAGGCCCACUUGUGGGUGGUGGUAUAGGUGCAGUUAGUGAGUCAACACUCAAACCCUCCUCUCCUCCUCCUCCUCUUCCUCCUCAGCCACUCCCGGAAAAAAAGCUGCCUGAUCAUUUAGAGAAAUACCUCAAGAAGUACAAAUCCGUUUCUGAGAACUCCCAGGGCUCUACACAGAUGACUAAAACUAAACUGAAUCCCGAGGGUACUGUGAUGGACCAGGCCUCGAUAUUGGGGGCACCUGAUGUGGAUGUUGGCCUGAAGGGCCCUGCAGGACUGCCUCCAGCCAGAAACAACAGCCAGCAGACUUCUCAAAAUGGACAUACUACUUCUAAGACUAAGAUACCUGCAGUAAGAGGCUUCCACAAAAGGCCUGGAAAGAUCGUCAUUCACGAGCACGCUCAGUUUGGAGGGCAGGCGUUUGAACUCCAUUGUGAUUUAGAAGAUGCCACCACAAUGAAGCUGUCCCCUGUCAUCUCAGUCAGAGUAACCAGAGGAUGCUGGCUGCUGUAUGAGAAACCGGGCUUCCAGGGUCGCAUCAUCGCCCUUGAGGAAGGUCCUACAGACCACAUAGUGAACAUGUGGGCAGAGGAGGGAACUCCAGAGACACUGGACCAGAUGGGUCAGCCAGUACCAACAGCUCCAAUGGUCAUAGGCUCUAUUCGGUUGGCAGUUAGAGACUACAGCGUUCCCCGAAUCGACCUGUUUGCAGAGGUGGACGGAUUGGGGAGGAUGUCAUCGCACUGCGACGAGGCCGUGGAGAUCGGCUCCUACGGGAUGCCACAGACCACCGGCUCCAUCAAGGUUCACUCUGGAGUCUGGCUGGUGUACACCGAUCCGGGCUUUGGAGGUUUUGUUGGCGUGCUGGAGGUGGGGGAGUAUCCCUGCCCAGAGAACUGGGGUUUCCCUGAGCCCUACAUCGGUUCUAUCAGACCCCUCCGAUUGGGACCAAUAAGGGUGGAGCAUCCUCACGAAUUCAAGGCCUUGGUGUUUGAGAAGCCCAACUUUGAGGGAGAGUGCACGGAGGUCGACAGCGACGUGUACAACUUGCAAGAGGAGCAAACAGGCACACCAGACGAGAGCGAGAGGACGAUGUCUACAGUGGGGUCUAUAAAGAUACUUGGUGGUCUCUGGGUGGGCUACCUCGAGGCAGACUUCGAAGGCCAGCAGUACAUCCUGGAGGAGGGGGAGUAUCCCCACUGCAGUGACUGGGGAGGGUCUGAGGAUGGGCUGCUGUCACUUCGGCCUGUAUGCCCAGAGUUCCAGUCCCCUCACGUGAAGCUGUUCAGUGAGCCACACUUCAAUGAGCUGGGGCUGAACGUGGACCUGCUGGGUCCCGUCCCCAGCAUGGAGGACUUCGGCCACGGCGCCAAAACUCAGUCCGUCAACGUCAUGAGUGGAGUGUGGGUGGGCUUUGAGAAGCCUGGAUUCAGCGGAGAGCUCUACGUCCUGGAGAAAGGCCUGUAUGCAGACCCACAGGACUGGGGAGCCUCGAACUUCAAGAUCUCAUCCAUACAGCCGGUCUUCCAUGACGCACUGAUGGGAACAACACAAUUCAAGAUGCAGCUGUAUUCUGAGCCAGACUUCCAGGGGAGGCUGGUGGCUCUGGAGGACAGCAAUGCAGCUCUGGAUCAGGACUUCACACCCAAGUCCUGUAAGGUGCUGGCUGGCAGCUGGGUGGCGUAUGAAGGAGCUCAGUUCACACAGGACAUGUAUGUGUUGGAGGAGGGAGACUACCCCGACACGGACGCCAUGGGCUUCCUGUCUCCAGACGCCACCAUCCGCUCCAUACAGACCGCCGGACGAGAGUUGUCUCUGCCCUCCAUCAUCUUGUUCAGCAAGGCGGGCUGUAGAGGACGCCGAGUGCUGCUGGCCAACGGAGCCGUGAACCUGCUGCAGGCCGGCCUGGACACCCGCAUCCGCUCCGUGGUGGUGGAGGGAGGAACGUGGGUGUUGUAUGAAGGCAGUAACUACCGCGGUCGACAGCUGCUUCUCCAGCCCAGUGAAGUGGCCGACCUGUGGAAGCUCAGCGGCACACAGAAAAUAGGAUCCCUACGUCCAUUAUUCCAGAAGCAGGCUUACGUCCGUCUGCGGAACACAGGGACGGGAUGCGUGAUGUCCCUGACGGGAACGUUGGACGACGUCACGCUGAUGAGGGUUCAGGCUGUGGAGGAGACGGGCGGGUUGGAGCAGGUCUGGCUCUACCGGGACGGGCAGCUCGCCUGCAAGCUGGUGGAGGACUGUCGCCUGGAGACCUCCGGCAGCUUGGUGAUGGAGGGCAGCAGGCUGCGAGUUACCGCGGAGCGAGGCCCAGGCAACCACCUGUGGAACAUCACCCCAGAUGGCCGCGUGCACUGCCACCUCAAACCUGACCUGGUCCUGGAGGUCAAAGGUGGUCAUCAGUACGACAGGAACCAGGUGAUCCUCAGCCCGUGUGACCAGAGGAAACCGAACCAAAGCUGGACCUUGGAUAUCCUGUGACCUGCUGAGCCCCCCUCGCACUGGACCCUGUGAUGCAGCUCCACCGUGGGACCCACACCACGGACAUGGAGCCUGUCCCGGGUUUUGCGCAAUCACUCCACCUUUUUGUAGUAUUUCACCUUUGACUGGAUUAACAUCGUAACUAUUCUCAUAGUGAAUGGAUUAGUAAUGUAAACAAUAUUGCUUCAUUUCUGCCAUGUUGUUUUGAACACUGUAUACCAAAGACUCUGUUUCCACUGCGUGUGGUGAGAACUCUGCCUUGUUCCAAUGCUGCAUACCUCUCUGUCCUUUAUGGUACUUUUCUACUGCAAUGUCGGUUUGCAGAACAUAAUGUUGGCAAAUAUGAAUGGAUAGAGAAGAUAUUGACAGCUGCAAUAUGAAGUCCAAUGUGCCUACUACACUCCAAAGAUUGAUGUAGAUGUUUUCUUUUAGUUAUUACUGUGGAUUCAAAAGGAUCUAUUGUAACAUUUAAAAUAUCUUUUUAGGACUUGAUAGGUUUUUACAUUUUUACACAAACUGUACUUUACUGCAUCGGCUUGUACAUAAGCCUCGAGUGUAUGACGGAACUGCAAUAACAAUGCUGCCCACUGUGGAUUGUAAAUAUUCGAAUGUACAAGAGAAAACUGUUACACGUGAAAAUAAGAAUGCCAUUUUCUGAUUCUGUGUUUUUUUUAGAAAAUAAAACAUUGUCUUUCUUUAGACUUUA